GCCGGGAGGCUGGGAGGGAGGGCGUGGGGGCGGGGGGCGAGGGGCGGAGGGAGGCGUUUCUGUCAGUUCCGGCUGUUUGUUCGGGAAGUGGAUCCGCCGGGGCCCGAAGCUGCCGCGGAUCGCCAGUCCCGCCUGCCCGCCCGCCGCCCGUCCGCCGCCCCCGCCCUGCGGCCCUCCCUCCCCUCUCCCUUUUUCCCUCCCUCCUCUUCGGCCCGCCCGCCCGGCCUGGCCCGGCCCGGCCCAGCCCGCCGCCCGCCAUGGCCCGGGACUACGACCAUCUCUUCAAGCUGCUCAUCAUUGGCGACAGCGGUGUGGGCAAGAGCAGUUUGCUGUUACGAUUUGCAGACAACACUUUUUCAGGCAGCUAUAUUACCACAAUUGGGGUAGACUUCAAAAUCCGGACAGUGGAGAUCAAUGGGGAAAAGGUCAAACUACAGAUCUGGGACACAGCUGGACAAGAACGCUUCCGCACCAUCACCUCCACGUACUACCGAGGGACUCAUGGGGUUAUUGUGGUAUAUGAUGUCACCAGUGCAGAGUCCUUUGUCAACGUCAAGCGGUGGCUCCAUGAAAUCAACCAGAAUUGUGAUGAUGUGUGCCGGAUACUAGUGGGAAACAAGAACGAUGACCCGGAACGGAAGGUGGUGGAGACGGAAGACGCCUACAAGUUUGCUGGGCAGAUGGGGAUCCAACUGUUUGAGACCAGUGCCAAAGAGAAUGUCAAUGUGGAAGAGAUGUUCAACUGCAUCACAGAGCUGGUUCUUCGAGCAAAGAAAGAAAAUUUGGCAAAACAGCAGCAACAGCAACAGAACGAUGUGGUCAAGCUCACAAAAAACAGUAAACGGAAGAAGCGAUGCUGCUGAUGGCCCACCGCCUGCCCGCCCAUUGUGCUGUUGCUGCUGCUGCAGAGACUGCGCUGGGGCCGCCACCACCAGGGACCUGGGGGGACAUUCUCAGUUUCGUGCCGUUAUUUAAAGAUAUUUUUCUCCACGUUUUCUAUUGGGAGGUGCCAUGGGCACUCUUUCCUCCCCUUUGAGUGCCAAGAAGCUGUCGGAUGAACCGCCCUCUCCUCAGUGCUCCCUCUUUCUCCCGGGGCCCAGGCGCUCACAGCAUGGGCGCGGACGCUGCCAGCCGAGCGGACUGAUUAACCCAGAGUUUGUACAUAAUGUAUAUUGCUUUAACCAGCUGCGCCAGCCUCGUCUCGCUCUGGCUUUUGCCUCCUUAAUGCCAACCCACCAGGACUCUCCUUUGUUCCUCCUUUCUCUCCUAUCUUCUUGGACGCAAGCAGCUCCCCAGAUGUCAGGAUCAGGCUCUAGGCUUCUUUCUUGUCCCCUUGGAUUGGCUGGACAGGGGUGGGGAGCCCUUGUUCCCUUGUUCAGGCCCCCCAGAUCAUGCCACUCGAGGUUUUUUGGAUUCUGUCCCUUUUCGAUGCCCCCUCCCCAGGCUAUGAGUUGGAUCUGGGAUGAGCCUUUGCCUGUUGGACCAAGGCUUGCCUUUCUCUCCUUCUCCUCCCCCACCUCCUGUCCCUUCCUGGCAGCUGGGGAGCCUCUGGUUCUUUCCCAGUUGGGCCCUUGGUUCUUUCUGAGAAACCAAGUUCUGUCCUUUGGCCAAUGGAUAUUCUUUUUUGCCUCCUGGCCUCCGUGGUCCUCUGAAUUGCAGGCCCGGGAGAGCCUAGGCUCUUAAGUUUGUACCAAAAUGUUUCAGUUCCAGCAGAAAGCCAAGGUGAUUGUACAUGUUGGUCGGGAUUGGGCGGGAGGGGGGUGAAGGGCAAGUUACAGGUUUUUUAAUAAGGAAAAUGAAGCCAAAUCAAAUCAUUUGAAACAAAUCCCUUUUCCCUGUCCCUUGGAGCCUCAGGGGAGCAACAGUAGUGGGGUGCCCUAUCCUUCUGGGGGUCCUUUGGUUGGAAGGACUAGAAAUCCUGAGGCCUGGGUUCCUCAUGCAUUAGAAGGUGCUAGAACAGCCGUCAUGACUGGUUGUUGCCAGGGCAGGGAUGGAGCAUUUAGAUCCUGGCCCACGGCUUCCACAAGGGUUGCCGGAGGAGGGUGUGCAUGUGGGGCUGCUGGCCCCCUUCAGUGGGGAGGGCUGGUGUCGAUGAGAUCACCGACAGCCUGGUUCCUUGGUCUAAGGGAGAGUGGAGCCCGGCAGCAGCAGCAGUAGCAGCAGCAGCAGCGAUGAUGGUUUCUUGGGGAUGGCAGAAAGGGGACCUGGGGCGGAGGUGGGGGCCCAAAGCAGUCCCACAAGCUGCUGAGCAGAACUAGUACAGUCCCGUGGGUUCCUCAGGACCCUGGCCAAGAUCUCUGUGCUCGAAUCCCACACCUCCUUAACACCCCCUCAAAACGAUCACGGAACCCCCGGAGGAAUUUACGUUCUUGCUGCAACUUACUUUAAUAGAUUUUUUUUUUCCCUAAAUGAUUUCCAGGCAAAGUCUCGAUUGGACAAUCACAUCACGGAUCAGUCACUGCAGAUUUUCCAUGUAAACACUGUUGGGCGGGUUUUUAAUCAAUAAAAACUGGGGAUGUCGUCUAA